AUCAGAUUAUCUCUACACAAAGACCUCUACAGCACAGACAUCCAGCCACGACACCUUAAAUCACUUCAGCAAUGAUCUACUCUAAGGAGCACCUGACUCUGACCAACAAGCUAAGAAAGCCAGUGCUGAAAGAUCGUAACAACAGCAGCAUUGAGCAGCUCAAGUCUUCCGUGUUUCCAGAGAUCCUCAACCAGCAGCCUGACUCCAAGCUGGAGAAAGCUGACAUCCUGGAGAUGCCAGUUUGCUUUCUAAGAGGACAGCAACAGUAUCAACCAGUGAGUUCCUCCUCCUGCUGCUCAGCACCUGUCAAUCAGGGUUACUCCAGCUGUGUCCAAGAUAUUGUCCACUUCCUGUCCAAGGAUGAGGUGACGACAGAGUCCCAGAGAAGACUGCUGAGCCACUUCCAGAGCAUGCAGCCAUCCUCUGAUAAGAGCCGCAGGGAGAGUGACCUGCCUCAGCUCAGCUCAGCUCCCCAACCCAGCACAGCAUCAGCAAAGACAAGAGUCCAGUGAACAGCGCCCUCUGGAGGUCUUGGUAGAGUUCUACAGACUUAAAAGCUCCACUCAGACAAACACAAUGGACCAUGUUGGUCUAACAUUAAUGGACAGUAAUGAUAAUAGGAAGAGACAAUCUUCUCCUUCUGCAGAAAAUGUCAAAGUUUUAAUUUGAUUGUGUUAAUUAUUUUUUCAUGAAUAUGUGAAAAGCCUUCCUAAUGAAAGUUCAUAUUGAUAUCAUCACUUUUCAUUUAACAUGAGUAUUAUGUAAAGUUAUUUUUACUUUGUAAGAAAAUUCCUAUYUUGUUGACUGUUCAUUAUAAUCUAUUUAUUACCCACAUUGGGUGAGAUAGCAAAGAAUGUUUAAAUUCUUUAAUCGUGCAACACUAUCCUUCUGUUAAUGAAUUUCAGAAAAUAUAUUCUUGUUGAUGACUUAAAAAACUUUAAUUGAUUUGCUUGAUAUCCAAGCCUGGUUUUUGUGAUGAACUACCAAUUUGUGUUGGUUUGUAUUACAAUUUUUUAAUUCUCGUAUAUUGAGAUAUCUAACAUAUGUCUGCUUUGUUUUUAAAGCUGCAUUUGUCUAUGUAAUGUAACCCACACUCUAUGAUGAGUGCCUGUGUGACUUGAAGCUGUUUUCUCGCAAUUGUAGUGAUGCUUAAUCACAAAGUUUAAGUUCUUAACAAUUAAGAAACGUAUUCUCUAUAUGAAAAUAAAAACAAUCUUGAAAUGUG